CCUCACUUCGCAACAUUCCAGUCUCGAUCAGGGACGUGCCAUGGACCACCUCCUCGCUCGUCGCCUCCUCGUCGCUGUCCUGAUCCCCUGCUGUCUCCUGCUUCUCUUCGCGUUCCCGGCCGCGUCGGCGGUGAAGGAGGCAUCGCGCCACGAGCGGCUGCGCCUCGCCCUCGACGCCACCGCCCAGCGCCUGGGCCAGGCGCUCGCGGCGCUGAACGCCGUCGACGUCGCGCCGAUCUCCUCGGUGGCCCCUUUCUCCGCGUACUCCUCCUCGCCGGCGCUCGCCGCCGCGGCGCGCGUGGACUGCGCGGAGCUGCUCGAGGAGUCCCUCCAACUCCUGGCCGCCGCCGGGAGAAACGGUGCCGCGUCCGACGACGUGGUGACGUGGCUCUCCGCCGCUCUCACCAACCAUGACACCUGCGCCGACAGCCUCGUGGAGGCCGGCGUCUCGGACAACGCGCCCCACCUCGCCACGGCCCGCGCCAUGGUCCGGGACUGCCUCGCAAUGUACGUGUCCGUUGCAGCGGAGACCGCAACCGCCACAACCACGCAAGGCGUCGCCGGCAACCCGGACGCCAAGAACGGCUGCAGCUGCAACGUGCCGAAACAUGACGUGCGCGGCUUCCCGCGGUGGCUGCUGAAGAGGGACCGGAGGCUGCUGCUUGCCCCCGCGGCGUCGCUAGCGCACAGUGCCGACAUUGUAGUGGCCAAGGACGGCACGGGGACACACUCCGCGAUAUCGGACGCGGUGAAGGCUGCGCCGGAGUGCAGCGAGCGCCGGACAGUGAUAUACGUGAAGGCUGGGCGGUACGACGAGAACGUGAAGGUGGGAAUGAAGAAGACGAACCUGGUGUUCGUUGGCGACGGCAAGGGGGUCACCGUGGUGGCCGGCAGCCGCAGCGUCGCCGACAACUACACCACCUUCCAAACUGCCACAUUCGCCGCAUCGGGGACCGGGUUCAUGAUGCGCGACAUGACGGUGGAGAACUGGGCGGGGCCUGCGAAGCACCAGGCGGUGGCGCUGCGCGUGAGCGCCGACCGCGCCGUCGUCCACCGCUGCAACAUCAUCGGCUACCAGGACACGCUGUACGCGCACUCCAACCGCCAGUUCUACCGCGACUGCGACGUCUACGGCACCGUCGAUUUCGUCUUCGGCAACGCCGCCGCCGUGCUCCAGCGAUGCAACCUCUGGGCGCGCGCGCCGCUGCCCGGGCAGAAGAACACCGUCACGGCGCAGAACCGACGCGAGCCGUGCCAGGACACCGGACUUGUCCUCCACGCCUGCCGCGUCGUGGCCGCGCCAGACCUCGCGGUAACGGCGCCAGCGCCCGCCGCGCUUACAGCCACGGCACCCGCCCCAGACCACGUGCCGCUCCUCGCGCCGACGUACCUGGGCCGGCCGUGGAAGCCAUAUUCCAGGGUGGUGGUGAUGAUGUCCUACAUCGGCGCGCACGUCCCGCCGCAGGGGUGGCUCGAGUGGAACGCUAGCACGUACGCGCUGGACACGCUCUACUACGGCGAGUAUAUGAACUACGGACCCGGCGCGGGGGUGGCAGGGCGCGUGCCGUGGCCAGGCCAUCGCGUCAUCAACGAUACUGUGGAGGCGGAGAUGUUCACGGUGGCACGUUUCAUCGCCGGCGCGUCCUGGCUGCCGGCCACCGGGGUCUCAUUCCUUGCCGGACUCUCGCUCUAGUUGACAACACCUGGCAGGCUAACGAACAAGUGGAUGUGGAGUUGUGCAUUGUAGUUACCGGCCGUAGUAGGCACUAGGCAAUAUUAAAACUCAUUUUGUAUUGAGGCGUUUGGCGGCAACAAAUUUGCAGCAGUACGAAAUUAUCGUUCAAGUCCAUGCGGGUAAAUUGCGAAGCAAAACGAAAUUACCGUUGCAUGUCAGGCUUGUCAUC